CACUUGUCAGUUUAGUUGCCCAUGCAUGACGCCUGCUUCUCUGCUGUGAUCAGUAACCGAUUGAGUUCUAUAUGUAACGUAUCGUAAGGUGCUCCUGUGCAGCCCGUCUCGUUGCAUCCAUGCCCCCUAUGGGCAACAGUGCGUCUUCUGGCAAGAAGAAAAAGCAGCAACAGAAACCUAAGCCUCCUCAGGGGAAGACCACGCCGACAUCAGGAGAAGAGAAACCAAGUCAACCUCCAGCAAGUCAGCCCACCCUUCAGCCCACAUCCAUCCAACCAACGCCCAACGAAAUGGCAUCAGAGGCCGAAAAGAAUCGCCAGGAGGGGCUGAGCAUCAUCAAGGGGACGAUGAACGAAGCUUGUGGUGACGACCUCCACAUCUUCAUCAUCCUCGGUGCAUCCGGUGACCUAGCAAAGAAGAAGAUUUACCCAACAUUGUGGUGGCUGUACAAGGAUGGCCUUUUGCCCAAGAAGACCAUGUUUGUCGGGUUCGCCCGAUCAGUUCUCUCCAUCACUGACAUCAAGACCAGAACGUCUCCGUUCUUGAAGCUCAAAGAUGGCGAGGCGGACAAGCUGGAGCAGUUCUUUGCGGCCAACCGCUACGUCAAGGGCUCCUACACGGACGACUCGGCAUUUGAGCAUCUCGACGAAGUCCUGACGGGAUUAGAAGGAGGCGCCAAGACCAACAGGGUCUUCUAUCUGGCUCUGCCUCCUAACGUCUUCAAGGAUGUGAGCAAGCACAUCAAGACACACUGCAUGUCCAGCACGGGCUGGUCUCGCGUGAUCGUCGAGAAGCCCUUCGGCCGUGACCUGGAGUCAUCCAAUGAUUUGUCCAAUCACCUGAAGUCAUUGUUUACUGAGGACCAGCUGUAUCGUAUCGAUCACUACCUGGGCAAGGAGAUGGUGCAGAAUAUCAUGAUUCUCAGGUUUGGUAACCGGCUUUUCGGUCCCGUCUGGAACCGUGAUAGCAUCGCCAGUGUGGUCAUCACCUUCAAGGAACCCAUUGGCACCGGAGGGCGUGGUGGAUACUUCGACCAGUUUGGCAUCAUUAGGGACGUGAUGCAGAACCAUUUGUUUCAGAUUCUGACAUUGGUCGCCAUGGAGAAACCGACCAGUGCCAGCGCAGACGACAUGCGCGAUGAAAAGGUGAAAGUCGCCAAGUGCAUCCCUCCCUUGAAGCUGGACGACAUGGUGCUGGGACAGUACGUCGGUAAUCCCGACGGAGAAGGGGAUGCUAAGGAGGGUUAUCUGGAGGACCCCACUGUCCCUAGAGGAUCUGUCACGCCAACGUUCGCCUCGGCGGUCUUCAGGAUUAACAAUGAACGCUGGGACGGUGUUCCAUUUGUACUGAAAUGUGGCAAAGCGCUUAACGAACGCAAGGCCGAAGUUCGAAUCCAGUUCAAGGAUGUUCCCGGUGAUAUCUUCGCCGGUGACUGUAAGCGCAAUGAGCUGGUCAUCCGCGUGCAGCCCAACGAGGCCGUCUACUGUAAGAUGAUGACCAAAUCCCCGGGAAUGUCUUUCGUUCCAAAAGAGACUGAGUUGGAUCUCACCUAUGGAGCCAGAUACAAGGAUGUGAAGAUGCCUGACGCCUACGAGCGCCUUAUCCUGGAUGUGUUCUGUGGACUCCAGAUCCACUUUGUGCGCAGCGAUGAGUUGAGAGAGGCUUGGCGCAUCUUCACACCUGUUCUGAAUGAGAUUGAGAACAACAAACCCAAGCCCAUUGAAUACGUCUUUGGCAGCCGAGGCCCCCCAGAGGCAGACAAACUACUGGAAAAGAACAACUUCAAAUUCACCGGAACGUACAAGUGGACCAACCCCAAUCUGUAGAAAGUAGCCAGCCUGGAACGCUGACAACAUCCUCAGUUUGUCGCUUAAAGACCUUCUCUUUCACCUCUUCGCCCUGUCAUUUUCCAGGCCAUGUAAUCAGCCGAGGUGUAACAGUGGCUGGUUAGUAUGGCCUCACCCACUAUGUGACCUUCAGAGCCUAGGACGGCCGUUUUUAACCCACUUGUGGCACAUCCAGGGCUUCGCCUCGGUGCUAUGCCUCCCUUGGGUAUUGAAAAUGUCACAUCCCACAUCACGGCAGUCAACAGUUGUGAAAUAUUGCAUUAGACUUGGGCUAGUAACCUUUUUGGUAUUGAAAAUGUCACAUCCCACAUCACGGCAGUCAACAGUUGUGAAAUAUUGCAUUAGACUUGGGCUAGUAACCUUUUUGGUAUUGAAAAUGUCACAUCCCACAUCACGGCAGUCAACAGUUGUGAAAUAUUGCAUUAGACUUGGGCUAGUAACCUUUUUGGUAUUGAAAAUGUCACAUCCCACAUCACGGCAGUCAACAGUUGUGAAAUAUUGCAUUAGACUUGGGCUAGUAACCUUUUUGGUAUUGAAAAUGUCACAUCCCACAUCACGGCAGUCAACAGUUGUGAAAUAUUGCAUUAGACUUGGGCUAGUAACCUUUUUGGUAUUGAAAAUGUCACAUCCCACAUCACGGCAGUCAACAGUUGUGAAAUAUUGCAUUAGACUUGGGCUAGUAACCUUUUUGGUAUUGAAAAUGUCACAUUCCACAUCACAGCAGUCAACAGUUGUGAAAUAUUGCAUUAGACUUGGGCUAGUAACCUUUUGGGUAUUAAGAAUGUCACAUCCCACAUCACGGCAGUCAACAGUUGUGAAAUAUUACAUUAGACUUGGGCUAGUAACCUUUUUAUACCAAGCUUGUCGGGUUUUUUUGUAGUUAAAUUUAUGCACUUUCUCCGUGGAAUUGGUCCGUUUUAUCUUUUUUUUCUGUCAGGGAAAAACUAGCAUUCUUGUUUCUGUCUUCAUAUUUUUGAAGUGAAAAAAAAAAGUUAUAUACUGUAGUGUAAAAAUGUCCUUUCUAUUUUCGCCUUUUAGAAGGUAGAGGCAUAUAGUUAUUUUACAAGUUCAACUUGCUGCACUGGGUUUAUUUUAGCCCUGGUACCACGGUAAGGCGUUUUCUUAACAGUAGUCAUCAUUGAGAGUUUGUGGGAGAAUAUGGUAACAUGUUUUGUCGGUGCAUUUUGUAUUUUUUAUAAUAUGAGUCAGCUGAACACAAAAAAUUGCUUUUAUUAAAUGUUUGUAAGAGUACGCAGAUGUUUUCUUUACCCAUCAGUAACCGUACGCAUAUCUUGGAAUUUUUUUCCAAAACCAGCCGUAACAAAAUGUAGCCUUGAGUAUCUCCCGUUGUCCAACGGAAUCCUCUCAGUAACCGACGUCUGAUGUGAGUUUUGCAAAAAUUUGUGCGACCUCACGCGCCAGCCAAUUGGAGUCUACAUUAGAAAAUGUGACAUCAUUUUGAUCAGAAAUGUAGACUAAGCUGUUGAUUGGUCAAUUCGGGCGAUGCACAAUGCAGUGCGCCACCAGGAAUUCGCCACGGAGAGUUCAUUUUUCCCAGUGCAUUGUGGGAGAUGGUUGACAAAUUCGCAGCGCGUGACAUUUGAAUUGUUAGAUUUUCCGGUCAGUCCUUUCGUAACUGUCUGAUUCGAGGAUCUGUUUACCCUUUUCUUUUGUUCUUAUCAUUAUGGUGUUUUUUUAUAAGGUGGCAGAACGCUUUGCCCCAAUCUAUAACAUAUUAACUCAAGUUGUCUACUGACACUCAUUCAAAUGGGCAAUGUUUUGUCGACCGUAAACUUGAAAAAUUGACUCUCUAUGGCAAACACUUGCAUUGUGACUCGCCCGAAUUGGGCUGAGAUGUUUUUGUAAUACAACAACGGCAUUUACCAAAGACCCGAUAGAAGGCGCCCGCUGAAUGGUCAGUAUCGCGAGGUCGAGAUGCAGUUUUGUUUUGCAUAAUUCACUCGCCGAACAGCAAGGGGAUUUUCCACAGACUAGGGAAACGUUUGGACCAAACAAAAUAUGUUUAAGGCAGUUUUUUGUUCAGUUGUAUUUUUGUGAGUUUACUGUACAUUUUCCAUCCUCAUAGGGCAUUUAUUUGUGAUUUUGUUUCCAUUGUUUGCCCUCUAAACGGAAUGAAUUAAAAAAAUAAUACUUGUGGUAGAUAGACUUUUACUUGAAAAUAUAUCUUUUCUUCGUACGUGCAGAUGUUCUUUAUACCAUGUAUAAUGGAGACUGCAUUACGAGUGGAGGAAACAGAAAAGAUUUUUGAAUUUAAAUUAAAAACAAAUGUUUUAUAGAUGUUUACAAAGUAUUUUUUAUACCUUAAGUAACUGAUGUAUAUGUUUGUAAGACUUGAAAUUGCUUCAGGAAAAGUGCACUAAAACAAUCUGUGCUUAUAUUACACGUUUUAAUUUUGAACUUGUUAGUUUUUCCUCGUUAAAGCUUAUAUUAAUAGCCAAACUUUAUUUAGAUAAGUUUGAGAAACUGGUUUGAAACUGUUAAAAAAAUUCAACACUCCUAGGAGUCUACUUUCAGCUGCUUGGUUUUUUGAUGGAUAUUUAAAAAUUGGCAAUAAAAAGCAAUCAAAAAUGUCAAAUGUUAAAUAAAAGAAUUGCAAAAUCUUCAAUUAUUUUAUUUCAAAAGCAUUGUUAUAACUUAAGCAGUAACGGUUGACUUAAAAAAAUGAAGUAAAUUUGGUUUUUGAUAAACUCUGCAUUUUACCUUUUGUUUGAUCUGGUUAGAUUCCAAAAUUUGAAACAUGGAACAGUUGUUUAUCACUUUCUACUAGACUUUGUCUUUAAUCUCUGGAGUUGCUCAAAACUGUGCAAAAAAAGUGAUCUAAAUCUAAUUUUCAGAUGCUGAAAAUAAAAGAAAAUAGGCAGUUAU